GAGAGCCAAUCAUAGCGCAGGAGGCGAAGUUUACUUGAAUACGGGUGGAAAGAAAUAACGCAGCAGAGACAGUUCCCCGACUUUUUCCUGGUAGUUGAGGUUAUUGCCAUCCAGCCUGAUGGAGCAUGUCCAAGGGACCUGGAAAACCCUGAGUAAUGGGUUUGGAUUCAGAGACUCAGUAUUUGAGGAUACCUGCAUGUCUCCUACUAUAACCAAAAGCUUUCCAUAUCGCAGACGCUCAUCGGAUGAUGAAAAAAUCACAAACCCGUCCAAAGCCAACACGAUUCGUGUUUUUCUGCCAAAUCAGCAGCGCACUGUGGUGAAUGUACGACCAGGCAUGACCCUGCAUAGCUGCCUCAUCAAAGCCCUUAAAGUUCGAGGCCUCCAGCCUGAGUGCUGUGCCGUGUUCAGGCUUCAUCCCGACCAGCCUAGAAACAAAAAAUCCCGUAUGGACUGGAACACUGAUGCUACCUCACUCAUCGGGGAAGAGCUGCUGGUGGAAGUCUUGGAUCACGUACCGCUCACGACGCACAAUUUUGUACGAAAGACGUUUCUGAAGCUGGCCUUCUGCGACAUUUGCCAGAAGUUUCUUUUACAUGGCUUUCGAUGUCAGACGUGUGGAUACAAAUUCCAUGAGCACUGCAGCACCAAAGUCCCCACCAUGUGUGUUGACUGGAGCAACAUUCGACAGCUCCUUUUGUUUCCCACACCUGGAGAAAGUGGAGCUCCAUCUCUACCACCUCUUUCAUCUCGGAGGAUGCGAGACUCUUUAUCCCGACUUCCUGCCAGCGCUUAUCACAGACACUCUACACCUCACGCCUUUAACUACAUUGCGCCCUUGCCACCCUCCAGCGGUUCUCUCUCCCAGAAACAGCGCUCCACGUCCACACCCAACGUCCACAUGGUCAGCAGCCAGCCUGCGGGCGGGGCUUCAUACGAGCAUGCCUUAAAAAGUCAGGACUCGGGAAGACCUCCUAAUCUCAGUCCCACAGGAUGGUCUCAGACCAAAAAUCCAGGCCUUGUUCACAGAGAAAAGACUUCAUCUAAUACUCAGGAGAAAAACAGAAUCCGGCCCAGGGAGAAGCGAGACUCUAGCUACUACUGGGAGAUCGAUGCCAGCGAGGUGGUUCUGCACUCCUGCAUCGGAUCAGGGACAUUCGGGACAGUUUACAAGGGGAAAUGGCACGGUGAUGUUGCUGUGAAGAUUUUAAAGGUCAAAGAUCCUACACCAGAGCAGUUUCAGGCCUUUCGCAAUGAGGUGGCAGUUUUAAGAAAGACUCGGCACGUCAAUAUCUUGCUAUUCAUGGGCUACAUGACCCAAGAAAACCUGGCCAUCGUGACCCAGUGGUGUGAUGGAAGCAGCCUCUAUAAACACCUGCAUGUCCAGGACACCAAACUGCAGCUGUUCCAGCUGAUCGACAUCGCCAGGCAAACCGCUCAGGGCAUAGACUAUUUGCAUGCAAAGAACAUAAUCCACCGGGACAUGAAGUCACAAAACAUUUUCCUCCACGAAGGCUUAACAGUGAAGAUCGGAGACUUUGGUUUGGCCACCGUGAAGACACGGUGGAGCGGCUCGAAUCCAGUAGAGAAGCUGUCGGGAUCCAUUCUUUGGAUGGCUCCUGAGGUGAUCAGGAUGCAGGACAGUAAUCCAUACAGUUUCCAGUCGGACGUCUACUCCUACGGUAUUGUGCUUUAUGAGUUGAUGACCGGCGAGCUCCCAUAUUGUAGAAUUUCAGGAGACCAGAUCAUUUACAUGGUAGGAAAAGGUUACUUGUCUCCAGACCUAAGCAAGCUGUAUAAGAACUGCCCCAAAGCGAUGAAGAGGCUCGUCGCCGACUGCAUUAAGAAGUCGAAAGAUGACAGGCCGCUGUUUCCUCAAAUUCUGGCCUCUAUAGAGCUGCUUCAACACUCGCUGCCCAAAAUCAACCGCAGCGCGUCUGAGCCGUCGCUUCACAGAGCCGCUCACACGGACGACAUCAGCAUUUGCACUCUGACCUCCAGCAGGCUUCCAGUCUUCUAAUAUGGCUGCUUGCUCACAACCAGCCAUCCCCAACCCACCCCCCACCCCCCUUCUGCUAGACCUGGAGCACUUCAAUCACAUUAACGUUAUUUAAAUUAUUUGUCAGAACGAAGCACAAGAGUAGAAAAGGCAGAGCAGAGGCUCUCAUGGGUUCGGAUGAAGAGAAGAUUCUGGCUUUGCCACUGAUAAAAGUUUGGCUUUUAUAGCUUUCUCGGUUUUUGUGUAUUUGAGUCAUCAUAAUUUGACUGUGUUCCUUUCCCAGUAGUCAAAGGUCAGUUGAGUAAAACACACACCCAUAGAGCACUUUUUUAUUAUUAUUACACUUCAUCUAUUCUGGCGUGAUGAGGAAUACAGCAUAGCAUUAACUACACCAUUAAUAAACUAUUUAACUACGUAACUUGGCAGAUGCGUCAUCGUAAACAUUGGGUCAACCAAAAUGAGAUUGCUGCUGUGAGUUGCUACUCUCAAUACACCAAAAAGAGCGGUGGUUUUCUUUUUCUUUUCUUUUCUUUUGCCCAAUUAAAAAAAAAUCUGCAGAAUGAUGGACAGUUCAGAUAUUUUGGAGUCACUGAUAUUAGCUCCGCCCCCCUCUCACAUUCAGCUAGCGCUCUCGGCACGGCUCGAAAGAUUCUGCGCCUACGCUUUCCGUCAAGGAAUGAUUUGCGUUCGUUGAAAUGAAAUAAAAUCAAAGUAAGUUAGAGUGAACAGGAAUAUAGUUGACAUCAGUUAACUGGAUUUAUUUAGAUGUAAAAUAUUGAGCUGGUCAAAAAUGGCGCUUUUCAAAAUUUGACACAUUACAAAUAAUCGUAGUUAGCUCUCCCAGGCAGGACACUAGAAAUAAUUUUACAUCUUACCAGCUGCUGCAUGUAACGUUUUCCUACAACAGAUAGAAAGAAAGUGUGCAUGUAAAAAUGCAGCACUGCACAUGACCCAUCUUCAGGGGUGCAACUUUAUAUCCAAGCACGAGUAUUAUCCGAUACUCAAAACUGAUCCGAUACUAACGUCCUUUUAGGGGUCGAGGCCUGCGGGUGGGAUUUAAGACCUGUAUCCUUACAUGCAUCUGUGUUGGGUUCAUUAAAAUAAUACACAUUCAUGGCAUGAAACGCAUCAAUCGCCUCUACUAAUCCAGUGUUUCAGGUCUACAUUGGACCAGAUUUCCAUUCAGUAUUGGGAUCCAUGUGUUCCUUUUACAAAUCCAUCUGUCCUCCUUCAUUCAAACUAGUCUUCUCUGUUGAUUUGUCCAUUUUUUUUUAAUGACUUUUAAAACCUAGUGAGGUGGUGGUUGUUUGCUAGAGCUGAGCUCUUGAUGAAGACUUUUUGAUAUUUUAAAGACAAAACCCGAACCACGAUGUUUCCUAAUGAUCCACUUCAUGCUCAAGAGACUCUUCACAUAUGAGACAUCGUGGAAAGUUUUUCCCCCUAUGUAACUAACUGUAUAUUUUUCCAGUGGCUUUUAUCACUUGAACCGUCUCGCAAAGUUAGACGUACGAUUCAAUUUUUUUUUUGUUUGUUUGUUUUAAAACCUCUUUAUCAGUUAUUUCCCCCUUUUUUUUAAUGUGUUGUCUUUUUAGGGUUGUAUAUAACUUUAGGAAUUGAUAAUGAGAGCAUAUCACUGAUGAUUAUUGAGAUUUUAAGGCGUUUCCCUUUCUAUAUUUUGACCUGAUGUUCUUUAGUGACGUCCGACUUGUGCACUUGAAAGACUGUUCAUGCUUUGUAUUUUAAUAAAAGUACGAUAAAGACA